AUGCUGAUCUCUGCUCGACAUGCGGAUGGCUUUCAACCGACGGCGGAAAUAGCAGAGGAAAACCGUGCCACGAAAGCCGCAGCGGCGUGGCAUGCGGCGAUAACCCGCCGUCGUGCGUCUUUAGGAGGCAACGUUGGCGCGGAUCCCCGUCGACGCAGCGGCAGUUUCAAGGCCAACAGCAUAAAUGGUGCGGGGAGCAUCGCAAGUAGCUGCGGGAGUAGCUUCGGGAGCAGCAGUAUGAGUCGCAGCGGCAGCACACUUACUAGUCGCAGCAGCAGCAGCAGCCUGGCGCGGUCCGACAGCGUGGGGUUCGGGCCGUCUCGGUUUGUGCUGCGGCAGCGGUACGAGGACAUCAGGCUGCGGUACCUGGUGCACAAGGAGCAGCUCGGCACGGGCGAGUACGGCGCCGUCCGGCCGUGCGUUGAAGCCGACUCCGGCCGGCUGCUAGCCUGCAAGACCAUCCGCAAGCAACAGAUCACGACGUACGAAGACGCCGAGGCCAUCCGCACGGAGGUGGCGUGUUUGUGGGAGGUGAGGGGCCAUCCGAGCAUCAUCAGUCUGCACGACGCCGUGGAGGAUGGCAAGCGCGUGCACCUCGUCAUGGAGCUCUGCCACGGCGGCGAUCUCUUCCGCCGAGUGACGCAGCGCGGCACGCUGAGUGAACGCAGCGCUGCCAAGGUUUGCCACGCUCUGGCGACAGCAGUGUUGCACUGCCACCGCCAUGGAAUCAUGCAUCGCGACAUCAAGCCGAAGAAUGUGCUGCUCCUAGACGAUUCUGAUGAGCCCCACGUCAAACUGAGCGACUUUGGUGUCGCCACUUUCUUUGAGGACGGAGAUUCGCUGACUGAGUUUGCGGGAACCACUCAAUACAUCGCCCCUGAAGUGUGGAAGGGGCAAUACGGGCCUGAAGCUGACAUCUGGGGACUUGGAGCUCUCCUGUAUUUCUGCAUAGCCGGUGUGUCCCCGUAUCGGGCCCCAACGAAGCAACAGGUAGCGGAAGCAGUGUUGACACAAGGGGUGGAUUUCAGCCUGGCGUGGUGGAGAAAAGUUUCUCCAGAGUGUAUAGAUCUAAUUGGUAGCAUGCUCAAUAAGGACCCCUUUGAUAGAUGUUCAUACGGAGCACCAAGCGAGCGGAACAAUAUGACAGUAACCGACCGUUCGAGUCCGUGCAAGAAGCUGUCUCGCUGCCUGACGGACGACGACAUGUCUUUUGCAGACGACCACGUUCAGGUGGACAGCAGCCGGCCGUUAGAGUCGUCGUCCGCCACGCGAGAUCCCCUCGAAGGCGGUCAGCGCACGCAGCCCGUUCGUCACGAUGACGUCUCGGUCUCCGUGAGUGCUUCGAGGGACGUGUCGCGUGCAAACGCCGCCUCGUCAGACGUUCCAGGAAUUGUCCAGCCAUCGCGAACAUUGCCAGCAUCGCACGAUAGAUCGCAAGGGCCGUCGACUACAUCGUCGCAGCCGAACCAACGGAAUCUGCAGUCGCCGAUGCUGCGUAAGGAGGAGCCCCGAGAGCUACAGCGGCAGUGGGAUUCCCUAGGCGCGAACGCGACCGACAGAGCAUGUGAUUCUGUUGAUGCGGAACCGUCUAAUGCGGAAGCCGCGCGGCGACGGCGGGAAUUGAGACUGCGGGUGGAUUCGGAGGGAUCAGAGGACGACGCCGACGAUCUCCGAUCGCGCCGCUCCGACCGACUAGUUCCCGCCUACUCGAAGCGGCAAGGCCACCAUGGCGCAUGCAGCAUGCGCGCGGGGGGGAAGCUCAAGUGGGGGGAGGAUUUCUGGCGGGGGAAGCCGGCGGAAGAGGCGAUUCCGCGGGGGUUCACAUUCAAGGGGUACCUCGCGCAGCCCAUGGCGGCGCAUGCGGUCGCCGCCCCUUCCGACCCGCCGAGCGAGCGCGAGGCGGCUCAGGCUCGGCCGUUCAACGUGCAGGUGCAGGUGUUCCGGCGGGUGGUGAACGUGAUGCGGCGGGUGCGCAUCCCGGUGAUACACCCCUACUCGCGCUUCCGCCGCGACGUCAACCUCCUCAUCGCCCUCUGCAUCACCUACAACGUCAGCUUCCCUCGUCCCUUCAAUCUCCCUUCCCCCUCCUGCCUUCCUGAACCCCCCCACACCGCAUCCUCCCCCCCUCUUUUCUUUCCCCCGGUGCAUGGGGGCGCGCAGUGGGAGGUGUUCUACCAGGUGGCGUUCAACUUGCGCGCGCAGGGAGCGUGGCAGAUCGUGGACGCGUGCCUCUCCGCCAUCUUUCUCGCCGACGUCUUCCUCGGCUUCAAAACCGGGUACGUGACGAAGGAGAAGCACGUGGUGAUGGACGACGGCAUGAAGGUGCUCAAGCCGCAACAGAUCGUCAUGGAUCAGCGCAAGGUGGUGUGGCACUACCUGCGCACGUGGUUCGCCUUGGACCUGCUCUCCUCACUGCCCUUCGACCUCCUCACCUCGCUCGCCUCCGACUCCCCCGCUGGCUUCUGGAUCUCCGUCGCGUUCCGGCUGUUGAAGCUGUUCCGGGUGCACCGGCUGGGCGUGGCAGCGAAGCAGCUGAGGCGCGCGUCUGUCAACACCAACUACAUGGACGUCGCCAUCCUGCUCUUCCAGAUCUGCAUGCUCUGCCACAUAGGCGCGUGCAUCUUCGUGCUCAUUGGCCGUCUAGAGUUGCCGGAUGAGACAUGGCUGGGGGCAACCUAUUGGAGCGAGGGUGGCGUUGCGCAGACGCUGGAGUCAGCACCCGCUGGCGUGGUCUACGUGGCGGCUAUUUAUUGGUCCAUGGUCACAUUCGCUGGGGUGGGGUACGGGGACAUCCACCCAAUGAACACACUAGCAGAGCGCCUGUUUGCCACGGUGUACAUACUGCUCACGGCCAUCAUGCUGGGCUACACUAUUGGCGAGCUCUCCUCCAUGGUCUAUGCCCGCCGCAUGCAGCGCGAAUCCAUGCGCCAACGCAUGACCACGCUCCACAGGUUCAUCGAGAGGGAACACCUGCCAGAGUGGCUGGCCAACCGCAUGAUGGCGUAUCUGAUGCGGCAGUGGCAGGCGUCAGUCAACAGCAAGUUUGAGGAGCUCGAGCUCAUGCAGAGCCUCACUGACGAUCUGCGAACGGACCUCUUUGUGCACUGGUGGACGCAACAUGUGCCUCCCAGCCCCUUCUUCCCGCACGAGCAGCAGUGCCUGGCGACUCUGCAGCGCGUGCUGGUGCCACGUGCAGUGGCAGCGGGGGAUGUGGUGGUGAGGGAGGGCGAGGUGAGCCGGCACGUGUACGUGGUGCGCGCGGGCACACUGGAGAUGGCGUGGGCGCUGCACGGGGCGGACACUCUCGUCGAGACUGCCGCCACGCUGCCAGGCAAACCCAUCCUGGGCAGUGAGGGCAUGAAGUUGGCGCGAGCAGUGAGCAUGAGGCGCUGUCGGGCGCGCUCCAUGCAGCGCCAGGCCAGCUGCUCCUCCCAUGGUAGCCCCAUGGCACCGCCUCUCCACCCCGCGCCCGCCACUGCUGCUCUGCACAUGCCCACUCCCAUGCAUGACUUGCAUGGGAAAAAUAGCACAAACAGCAUAGGCGAUGCAUGCAACAUGCAUGGUGGUGAUGCCUCGCCUGCUCCCGGUGCAUGCGAAGUGCAGCAUGGUGAGAGCCCUGCCAUGGUUGGGUGCUCCCGGCGCACACGUGUGUACGAUUCAUCGCUGUGCACCAUUGCGAGCAGCAGCCUCAUGCACAGCGACUCAUGCGGGUCAGGGGACGGAUUCCCCUUGCCUGGCGACGCCAUUGAGCCACUGCGAGAGGAUGCGGAGGACGGGUGUGGGGAGGGGGCAGGGCACAGGGGUGCAAGCGGCGUGGUGCCGCGGGUGCACAGCACAGCGGCUUCACAUGAGAGCUAUGGUUCUGUGCGGCACAACAGCCAUCUGCUGGGGCAGGCAGCGUUUGAGAGCAGGACGGUGGGCGUGGGUCAUGUGAUGGGGCUGGACGGGCUCUCUGAGGUGCUCGAGCUGCAGACCAGCGAACCCUCGUGGCCCGAGCAACGAGUCCCCUUCCUCUUCAUGGAAGGAACCUUCCAGGCAAAGACGGAGUGUGAGCUGCUGCUGCUGCUAAUUGAUGAUCUCUUUGACACGCUUGAGAGUUUCCCCGAGCUGCUCACAGUGUUACGCUUGAGCCUGGGCUUGCCGCUAACGGAGCAGGAACAGCUGCACACCAAUCGCGCCCCCGGCCGCCGCAGCAAUCGCCCCUGGCGCACCUCGUCGCACCGCAUCGUGGAACACGAUGCGGCCACCGCUAACCACGCGGCACAGCGCCGCCAGUCGCGGCUCGACUUUCAAACGGAGCUAGGCUCGCCGGCGGAGCGGCGCGAAAAAAGCGAGUCGCUAAACCAGCGCAUGAUAGAGGGGCGCGGCGACGCCAUGGACCACUCGAGCGAGCCGCGCCUCGACACCUCCGGCAGCUGCUCGCCGCCGUCGUCCCUUGACGUGCUCCCCGUGUCGUCCCUCCCCGCGUCGGCCCUUUCCGUGUCGCCCUUCGACGUGCUGCAGCUGCCCGUGCCGGACGACGGGGAGCGGCCCGACGUGGACGGCACGAGCAGGAGCGGGGUGGCGGGGGCAAGGGGAGGGGCGGAAGGAGAACCGCUGCCGGGCGGCAAGCCGCUGUUCGGGCAGCGGCGGUUGCGCUCGCGGCUUUGGCGGUCCACCAAGGAGCUGCGCGAGGAGGACCCGGGCGACGACGUGGCGCUCUCCUUCGCGUUCGACACGCCACCCGCCGCCGCGCCACUCAAGGCGCGCUCGCCCUUCCAGUGGGUGAUGAAAAGCGCCUCUGGCGUGUUCGCGCCGGGCGGUGGGGACGACGGCAGCAGCAGCAGCGGCAGCAGCAGCGACAGCGGCGGCAGUAUCCGCAGGACGCCGGGGAAGGAGGGGGCGGCGCGGGUGGCGCUAGAGGAGUAUAUGAACGUGCCCAUGCAGCUCAGACCAGGGCGCUCCGGCGAGAGCGAGCCGCCCGACGCGGAGCAGAUGGGUGCGCGGCGGUGGUGGCGCGGAGGGCCGUGUGUGGUGGCGUUCAAGGCGGCGCUGGCGGCGGCAAUGCGCGUGCGCAUCCCCAUCGUGCACCCGUACUCGCGCUUCCGGCGUGAUGUGAACCUCAUAGUGGGCGCCUGCAUCGCCUACAACCUCGUGAGUCAGCCCCUCCCGCUGCUGCCCGUGCCCCGCAUUGCUUGUUUGCUCCCCGUGCGCUCCCCUGUGCGGCCAACACACGGCUCCUUCACAUGUGGUGCUUGUUGGGAGGUGCUGUACAUGGUGGCGUUCGACCUGAGGGCCACGGGCGCAUGGCUCUUCCUCGACUCGUGCCUCUCCCUCGUCUACCUCGCCGACGUGCUCCUCGGCUUCAAACCGGUACCCUCCUCCCCCUCCAACCCCACACAUCGACCCUCAUUCUUCCAUCCAUCAACCCCUGCACUCAUGCCAUCCACAUCCUCCUUCCGCUCCCUCUCGCCCUCCCCUUUGCCCCCUUCGCCCUCCCCUCGCCCUCCCCUUGCCCCCCGUUGCCCUCCCCUCGGCCUCCCCUCGCUCUACCGUUGCCCUCCCCUCCCUUCAUCGGUGGUACCAUGGGUGGAUGGGGGCUCACAGAGGCGCAUAGUGUGGCACUACCUGCGCACGUGGUUUGUGGUGGACGUGCUGUCCUCGCUGCCCAUCGACCUCAUCAUCUCCGCCCUCGCCCAGUCCAGCAUCGGCUUCUGGCUCUCCGCCGUCAGUCCCCACCCUGCCCCCUCGCUCCCCUCCCUCUGUCUCCCCCACUCUCCCCUCCCCUUGUCCACCCUCCGCCCCCUCCCAUCCCGUCUCGUCCCCUCCCAUCUUACCUUUCCACCGCCCCUUUUAAUGUCGUACCGCCCUUGUCACACCUCCAUCCCUCUCCUUCUGCAUGCCCCAUGCUCUGCCCGUCCCUCCCACCCACUCACCUCCUACUCGUCCCCCCGCCCUUUUUCCCUCUUCCUACUCCUUCUACGCUCCCUUCCCUGUCCCCUCCCCCCACUCGUCCCCGUCUCCCCCCCUCUUCGCCAGCCAGGCGUUGCGGCUGCUGAAGCUGCUGCGGCUGAGGCGGUUGGGGCAGGCAACGCAGCAGCUGAGGCAGUCUGCGCUCGCAGGGCUCUACAUGGAAAUGACCAUCCUCGUGCUGCAGGUGGGAUGACCAUCCUCGUGCUGCAGGUGGGAUGCCCAUCCUCGUGCUGCAGGUGGGAUGCCCGGAACUAG